AGAGAGAGAGAGAGAGAGAAGUGUAGGUAGGUAGAUAGAGGUAGGUAGGCGUCCAAGCGACGUCCACCAUACCGAAGAGAGGCUCACAGGGCUACGGCACGCGAGAGGGGAAGAGAGGGAGGUCGCCGAAGGGGCCUCCGCAGGCCACAUUCCAGGAGGACGCGAGUUUUCAAACAUGCCCAGCCUGCGUGAAUGUAGGUCCACGACCGAUCCUAUAACGCACGCACACAACGACAGCUCGUAGGAGCUGCAUUCGUCGUCCCGCGUCUCGCGCCACUUCUCUUCAUCCCAAUGCUCGAGCGCUUCCCCCCAUGGCGUGUCCCUUCCCCCCUAGAGCGCUGCUGCUGCCGCUGCUGCUGCUGCUGCUGCUGCUCCUCUAUCGCGUACACGCGUACACACGUACACGUGAACCCACAGCUCUCCCUUCCCCUGCCCCUUCUCCGCCAUGCGUUCCCUUUCCUCGUCCCCCGCGCUAACCCGGACGACCAGGCCGACCGAGCUGGCGACACCCUGUCUGGCAAGACCGGCCGGCGGACAAAAGAGGGGGAGCCAGCCCGCGCUGCGUUGCCACGUCCUCGGUCUUCGUGCUGCGCCUACCUUCGGCCCCAAGGACAAAUCCGACGAGCCGUGCCAGCCGCACUAGGCGACUGCCGGUCUGCCGCUACCUCGAUGCUUUUCCUCGCGACGCCCGCCGCCUGAUAUUAUUCUCGAUAGAACUCUCGACACUUCCUCCUUAAAGCGACGAGCGAUAGAAGACGUGGACGUGAAUAACGGAAAGAGACGAGACGAAGCGACAGACGUCAGCAAGCGAUGCAUUUCUUUCGCGCUUCCUUUCGCGUGAAGCGAAUGAAAAAAAAACAAAAAAAUGUUGAAUGAAAUAAUGACGUCACGUUGAUACGUCGACGGCUGAUACACGGCAAGUGACGCCUCAUCGGCGAUCGCUCCCAAGUGAGAGAAAUUUGGAGAAAGAUUCCUUCUCCUCCCGAGGUGUAGGUUCAUGGAAUGCCUAAGCGAUGACUCGUGCCCAUAUCCCUAUGCGAAGGCCGAUCUGCGGCGAGGUGGCAGGUGCCUUCUUUCCGUGAUUGCUGUACAGCGGACGCGCUCAAAAGGGGCUUCGCAGUGAUCGGCGUGAGCAAGAAUAGCCGUCGUGAUUCUUGGAAAUAGAGUAGGGUGCCUCUUCAAAGAAGCGCGAGAGAAUCCUCGUCGGCAUCCUUGGUUUCUGCCGGUGGCGCGAAUCGUGGAAAUUUACGAGACCUCGUCCGUUUCUUUUUAUCGGUCUAUCUUGCUCGCGCGCUCGUUCAUCGAAGUAUAUGCGAGCGUGCGGCGGCUUGCGUCAUUGCCUCGCGGGUCUCUCUCUCUCUCUCUCUCUCUCCGCGCGUUCGUAUGCGUUCAUUGCGGCCUACGUGCGGCUAAGAAGAGACAUGGCAACGGCGCGUGAAGCUAAACAUAUUAACUGUCGGCUCACGCCACAAAAACAACAUGAUCUCAUUCCACGGCGCAUAUGCAAGAGGCUAGCGUAUACCUCAAAAUCUCAUUCAAAAGCGAUUCCAGCGGCACGAGAGAGGCAAAAAGAGACGACUAGAAGACGGGAGAUCCUGUUCCGAGAAAGGCAACACCCGUAUCAAAGAGCGAAGAUACUCGAAUUAUACAUACGUAUAGAGGAAGAGAUUUUGCUGCAAAAAAUGACGUUACAGGAAAAAAAAUACCCAAUACGAGAGAUUCGUCGUUGGUACCGAGUGGGAACAACAACACUCUCUCUUUGCACCGAGCGGUAGAACGAUGAUACGAUUUCAGUCCCAGCGAACCUGCCUGCCAGUGAUUGUAAGCUAACACGGUCACCAGCGUUUUUCCUGGAAAAUCCCUUCACCCACCACCAGCUGCCUUCUCUCUGUCUGUAAAAUUCUCUCUUAUAACUGGCCGGUCUGACGUAGGCCUUUGAUGUACAUACCGCUGCGGCGUCCGUAUCUCGUACGACGAACGUCCACGACCUAAUCUAAAUGAUAUGCCUGGCCGUUCGACGAAACGAGUCUCGUAAUUGAUUAUAAUCCGUUGCGAUUUCCAUCGAUAAUGCCUUCGUCUCUGAAACGUGUACGUUACGCUCGCGGUAAGGAUAACCGUGUAACGGAUUGUAGAAAAGCUCGGGAUAUUACAUUCCGUGCGUAUUCAGCCUCGUGCGUCGAGAAGCUGAACGGAGGCACAAUCGGCUCUUGAGGAGAAAGGCGAGCAAAAAUCGAGGCUCCAAGCUGGCUGCCGCAGCGAGCAGCUAAGCGACCGCGGCAGGCAGGCAGGCAGGCAGGCAGGCAGGCGUCAGACGUGCACGGCAGACAACAUGGCGCCGAGAGCGCCGUCGUCAUGCCGGCGUGACGUUUCCCGCGCGUCAUUAACGGAAGUGAGCCCAGAAAAUGGCGGAGUUUUAUGGCGCUGAGGUGUGAAAGGGAAGAAAGAGGAUGGCGUGGAGGGGGACGGCGGGGCGCCUACGUCCCGUGGACGGUGAAGCAGGCGAGCGAGGUAAGAUGACGGGAGAGAUUAGUCGAGAGGUUAGGUUAGGUUGCUAACGCAAAGAAAGAAGAAUAACUGGUAGCCGCCUUCGGCGGUGGACUAGCGUCCGUACUGUACGAAUGAGGCAACGGGGUAUUGAGGGGGCGGCCAAUGGAAGGAAAAGGAGGAGACGACAAAAGAGACACGUUGGACGGAGAGAGCGUUAAACGAAGCGAGUGGGGAUACGUGGAAGAGAGGUCGAGAGAGUGCGAAUAGAGAGCCCGAGCGAGUGAGAAAGCGCUCGACGACGGUAGAGGGGAAAACUGUUCUCAGUGGGAAGCGGUCGCAGUUCUCGCGCCGAUGUGGUGGGGAUGGAAAUUAGUUGCGGCAUCAACCAAGACCUAAAAGGAACUCCGGCGCCGCACGGCGAAGUCACUUCGUGCAAUGUUACGCGUCAAGGUAUACUCGUGCCUCGUUCUCAGUGCCGGUUUCGAAGCUCAAAGUGGUCGCGGUCGUCUCUGUCGUCACUGUUACACGCGGACCCACUCGUCGUUCUUGCGGCCGAUCCGACUCGGUCGUCGUCAAGCGAGUUAAAUGUGUAAUGUGUUAAACGAAGACACUAUGACCUGCGACUAUGGUGUGAGUAAGGUGCUCAGCAAAGAUAGUUCGGUGCAAAUAAUGCAUUCGAAGCAACAGCAGUCGGUGCAUCGGCAGCAACGGCAGCAGAAAGUAGGCGUCAUGGGCAGCAGGCGUAUUUUUCCGCCGUCCUUUAAGCUCAAGGUCCUGCACUCGUACAGGAAUGACAUGGACUGUCGCGGCAAUCAACGUGCCACCGCGAGGAAAUACGGGAUACACCGUCGACAGAUCCAAAAGUGGUUGCAGUGCGAGGAAAAUCUGAAAAAUUGUGCCGAAAAUGGCAACGCCAGGCCGGCCUCGACGUCGACGACAGACUCAUCCGCGAGUGCCACCAAAUCGGACAGUGCGACGGUGACAGAAGUCGCGGGCCCUGCGGGACCUGCUGCAAUCCUAGCGGCGCCGGCCUUGAACCUUAACGUUGCCAGACUGCAUGGCGACGAGCUGACUACACAGCAGAGGUCCCCACCUCCCGCUUCUCCUCCGCAUCUUCCGCGUUGUGGUGCAUCCUCACCGGCCCGUAUUCGGACUGUUUCUAAAAGUAUGCUCUUGCAAAACGUCGUGCCUGUGGAAUAUUCGCAAUAUUCGUCGUCGUCGUCGUCGUCGUCGUCGGCGACGACGACGACGACGGCGGCGGACCGGAAACAUCUCCAUCGGGAAACGGAGAACGCGAUGCAAGAGAUCCACUACGUCGAGACUAAAAUGGAUCAGGACCGUCAUUUUUACGGGGGGGAUGGACCGACCAGAGAUUUGGAGACAACCUCGCACAGCGUCAAUGACAAAAAGGAGACGGUGGUGCAUGAGGGCAUUAGGAGUUACUAUUGGUCACCUGCAGAACACCAAUAUACUUCGAGCAAUAUCGACACCAGUGCGCACCUGCAGCAUCAUCACCACCAGCAAAAUCAUCAUUCGCCGAAUCAUCGUCCGCAGAGUUACGGAAACUUGUUCAACGGACAGUACAGUCUGAUAGGAGCGGCGUUGAUAAAGACCGAGCCAUCUAGCCCAGACUCCACGGCGACGUCAGGGCCGUACGAGCCGACCGGCUCGCCCGGCGGCCAAUGGGCCCCACAGUCGCCCACGGUACCGCAUCAAGUCGCCAACAACAGCGGCAGCGGCUCCUCGUUGUCCGCUCACUACUUCGCGGCGGGCCCCUCGUUCUUGGAGAACGCGCACGUGCACGAGCAUGGGCACGCACACGCGCGCACGCUGCUGGUUUCCAGUACGCCGUACUCGCCGCGCCUGCAUCAGCAGGAGAGAGAGUCGGAGGAGACGACGGGCUACGCCAAAGAGGUGGGAGAGCAGAAGGAGAGGACGGAAUAUUGCGGGACGGUGAUUAAGGAAGAGGUGGACCUGCCCGAAGAUGAGGUAUACGACGAAAGGCAGGAAAAUAAUGCGUCCCCGUUCAUCGACGUGACCGGCGACCUGACGAUAGACAGCUUAGACUCGGAAAGCGCUCCCGUCGAAAUCGAGACGGACGAUUGCCGUACGCCGAGUCCGCGCGACCCCGCCAAUUCCGACAGGUCCAGCAGCAGCUCGUCCGAUGAUGGCAGCAUCUCGAGCGAGAUAGGCUCCCUCGAUAGCGCUCCAGGUAAUCAGAAUUCAUCCGCCAAUCUCACCCGCAGACAGCAGCUUCGGCGGUCUUUCUCGUUGAACUUCAAGAUCAACGUGCUCGACGCCUUUCACAAGGACGUGAAGGUAGCCGGGAACCAACGAGCCACCGCUAGGAAAUUCGACAUAAACCGUCGUCAGGUGCAAAAGUGGCUGCUGAAGGAAGUGGAUCUCAGGGGUGAGAUCGCACUUCGAGGGGACUCGGGCCAACAAGAGCCUGCUGCCCAGGAAGUGUUCGUCGAGUCGCCGAUAGACCUGAGGAUGAUCCACGUCUCUUCAGACUACAGUCGUCCGUCGUCCGACACAGGUCUCGAGGUAGAUUACGAACAAUCACCACCGCACCUGCAUGGUUACGAGCCGAUUACUUCACGGCAUCGUCCGUGGUAUCACUCUUCAUCGUAUCAUCUCACCCCCGAGACGGAACCGUCUGGCGAAACGGAGUCAACAGAACCGUGCCUUUUCUCCUGUUGCGCAGACAGACAUACCACAACAUCAACAACAUCCUCCUAUCAGGAUCUCUCUCUGAGAGGAUCCUACACGGAAUCGCCGAGUGGUUUCUAUUGUUAUUCGCCCAAAGAUUAUCCAGAAUUCUUCAACCUUCCCGAGGAACAGCCACCUUCCUCAAAGAGACAAGCUUAUUCGUGGAACAAUGCUCCCUCGCCGAAGAGACUUUGCCCUGACGACACGGUCUCACAAAGCGUGUCUACGCAAGAGAGGCCUCUUUGCCUCGUCAAACCAAAAAGGGCCUGGUUAAUGGCUUCUCGCAUGGAGGCGCUUGCUAGGUCGGCUAUCUCAGAGUCGGAUGCAUCGCAGCCCUCGUCGUCAGCAUCGACCAGGGACGACGGCAUUCUCUUUAAACCGUACCUGGAUAACCCUGUGUGCAGGCCCGCGAGUAACGACGCCGUCCAGCGCGACCUAUCUCCCAAUACCAGGGAGAACAUUAUUAACAACAAUAACAACAAUAACAACAGCAGCAGCGGUAGCAGCACCGACAGUGGGAUCAACGACAACGACAUCAUCAAUUGCCGGAGCGUCUGCAACAUGAACGAAGAUCACAACGGCAGACUCCCCUUCAGUAUGCGACUGCCGCUCUCUCUGAAGCCUUUGGAUAGACGAUGCGCGGAUCUGCAGCAGAUCAGUAGCACGUUUACCAGGUAUCCGAUGCACCAUGGGACUAGAGAUCGUUGCUCGUUCAACGAUCUGUACCUUCGUCCUACCUACGAGACGCGAACAACGGGCAAUCGCGGCAUCGCGCUGAUCGACCGGAGCGGCUUUGUAAUCGUAGGACACCCUCAUUUAAUCGUAGACGAGGAAGACGCGAUUGCGAUCGCGUCGAUCUGUAGUUAAUUACUUUACUUUAAGGAUACCAAAAAUGUCGGAUUCGCGUUCAGGAUGAGAAAGAGAGAGAGAUAGGGGGGGAGGGGGGAGGGAAGAAUCUACCGGCGAAGGAUCGAUCCGUACGUGAUCUGCGACACGUAGCGAGCCACGUAAGCGCUUAUCGUUUCCGCGGAUCGGCCGGUGCCGCGUUAUAUAUCGCGAUAAAGUCUUAAUCGGCCAUUGGACGAGUCGAGGCGUAGAAGGAGAUUAUACAUGGUCGCGUCCUCGGCUGGCGUCUUCUUCCAAUUCCGCUAGACUUUCUCGAUGAUCCCCCUUCCCUCCCCGCCGCCCUCCCGUCUCGCCGUGCAAAAAAUCGCGCAGAUAGAUCCGGCGGAUUCUUUUUCCUGUGGCCUUAUCGUCGAGAUUAGAGCCCGCUCGUUAUCUCGCUAGGCCGUUUAGAGGUCGAAUGCGUUCGCUAUAAUUAUAAAAUUAUGUCAGCGCGGUUUGUCCGUUGCGACGCAUCCGAGGGAUGGAAGAAAAUCCGGACGGAGAUAGCCUGAGCCGCUGAUGGCAACAUUUUGGCGCGUAACGCGUAACUAAUUUGAUUUACAGAGGUUCCGAGAACUUUGGCACCCACGAGAUUCGUCCCCGACGUGAUCGGGAAUUUUUCGGGUCUUCGUCCGCGUUAGGGUCAGUUUCUUUCAAAAUCGCCGGGAAACCGGAGUCCCGUCGUCCUCUGAAUGAUCUUAUCGCGACUGCAGCUGCCCCUUGUCACUUGAUUGUGCGAUUGCAUUAUGCGAUUAAGCAUUAUGCGAUGCGGAUUCUUCUAAGCAACGCACCGCUUUAUGAUUCCGCAAGAUCACUUCCGUCAUAUUCCCACGUUUCAUCGUAUCUAGUUCAAUCUCGGUUCUAGUUAGGAUAGUUUAGUUUAAUUUAUUUUUCCCCUUCAACCAUCUCUCUAGAGUUUAAUACACCUUAUUUUAGUUUAAUUUAAUUUUGCACUUUAGCGUAGCUUAACACUUACUCAAUUUAGGUUUCGUGACCGAAAAACAAAAAAAAAAUAAAAACAAAAAAAAUAAAAAAUCACAAAAACAAAAAGAACAUAAAAAUCAUUCGAAGAAUUAUAGAGAAAAAAAAUUCGAAAUUCUUCCAUUAAAUCGCGUAAAACUAUCGUACAAAGAACUUCGAAACUGUCCUUAGGAUCGCAAAAGGAAAUUCGAAACUAUCGACGAAUCGCAUGAUGCCAAAGUGACCGGAAUCGCAUUAAUAUGCGGCAGUAAUAAGUAGUAAUCAGCAGUGGACGUUAAACAUUCCCGUCGGGCGAAUAUUACUUCUCUUCUCAUUGGAAGGCAUUGAGAAGAUGCGGUUGUGUUUGCCCAGCGCC